UGAGGCUUCAUCCAGACCAUUUGGUUGCACAAUCUGAAAAGCAGCCUCCUCCGACUGACUGGAUACCACUGCUCCUCCGAACUUUGCUUGCUUUUGAGGGGCAUUUGACGAGCUCUGAUUCCAACCUGCUGGGAGGACUCUUUUUUAUAAAAAAAAAAAAAAAAGAUGCAGCGGGGAGCAGCAGUGCUACUUUUGCUGGUGCUGGCGUUCUAUGUGCUGAGCGCAGAAGCCUACAAGUGCCGAUGCACCAGGAAGGGUCCCAAGAUCAGGUACAAGGACGUCCAGAAGCUGGAGAUCAAACCCAAACACCCGUUCUGUCAGGAGAAGAUGAUUUUUGUGACGAUGGAGAAUGUUUCACGGUUCAAAGGACAAGAGUACUGUCUUCAUCCUAAACUCCAGAGCACCAAGAACCUGGUCAAAUGGUUCCGGAUCUGGAAAGACAAGCACAGGGUCUACGAGGCCUAACUCUUCAGCUUCACCACAAGAGGAGAGAAAAUCGACAAAUUUUCACCACCAGGACUGUUUUCUGUGAAGCACAAUAUGUCAUCUGCAAACAAGCUCUUCUGCAUUGUUCCUCCACAUCCAUCCAACUGUCUCACGUAUCAAGCCACAUUGCUUCGCAACAAGUGAACUUGCUUUUGAGAGAUGAAGAGUGGAGGUGAAGGAGAAAAGAGUCUCAGACUGAGGCUGGUCAGUGAGACGGCGUGUUGGAUUUUUCUGAAUCAACUCCACUUUUUAAAAUGUUGUGCCAUUCUGUGUAUCAUUCCGUUGAUGAGCAAAUAUGGAUGACGUGCACUCUCAUGGCACUGCUGCAAAAAAAACAAGUCUUUCAUUCUGUUUUCUCAUUUUACAACGUGUGUUUCUAUGAGACCAUCUGUGUUCUCUCAUGGCUUGAAUCCUGAGCCUCUUCUCGGACAUCAUCGCGAGACUCAUGACUUUGCGGUCAGCCUUUCGCUCGAUCCCAAGACUAUCUCGACGUCAUUGCGGACGGACCACAUGCGCCGCUUUACUUCCAUGAUUUCACCCUUAGUGUAUCUCAACUUGGUCCGUACAACUUUAAAGACAUGACUCUUCCCCCCGCUAAAGUAGCUUUUGUAGUUUCUCAGUCAUGACUAUAAUGUUGCGACUGGAGGAAGGCACUAUUUUUUCCUGAUUAAAAUAGAUAAAGCUCUAGUUUCAGUCAACUAAAAACUAAAAUUAUGUCCAGGAUUUAUUCAUACGUCAUAAAUAUAUGUAGUCCUACGAAUUUCUGGGAUUAAAAAAAACAUUUUGUAAUGAUGUUAAUUAUACUCCUCACUAGUUCACCUGGAUUCAACUCUCAUCCAUUUAACUCCAUCUCCAUCACUUUUGAUGAAUGUGCGUUACUUUUGUUUUAUAUAUGCAGAUAUACAUGUAUAAAUAUAUCAAGAGCAUUUUGUAAAUGGAACACACUUGCCUAUAUACUGUAGAGAGUCAAUCCACGUGUAGAGUCAUGUAUAUUGUAUUACUGCAGUAUGGUUAUUUUGAUAUUUAAAUCUUGGGUUGGUAACAGAUUUUUGUAAACACACCAAUGUACAUUCCACUCUAUGUGAAACAGCAGAAACAUGAAAUAAAGUGUCUA